CCAUUCACACCGCAAUCAAAAUCCACCGCAAUCCAUUCACCGAAAUAUCCAUUCAAUCUCUAUACCUAGUUUUCGAACGCUGUAGAAGGCUCAUCCUCCAACUCUUCGCCCUGCACCCCGCCGCCCACAGCCACCGCAGUCUCUGCCGCCACUGCAGCCACGCAGCCCCCGCAUCAGCCCUCGCAGCUCCCCGCAACCCCCACAGCCUCGUAGCCCCUCAGCGGCGCAGCCACCGCAGCCCCUACACAGACACAGCCUCCACCGCCACCGUAGAAGAUCCGUCGCCGUCGGAUUCCGAGCUUCUUUUCGUUCCAGAUCAGCGCUUUCUUUGUCAGAUUCCCUUCGCGCAGCUGGUAGAUCGCAAACCCUAACUUUUCUAUUCGUUCGUAUUUUAUAUUUUUCUUCAGCCGACGCUUCUUUUGCUCGUUACUCUCUCACGAAAUCGGUGGUGGUGGUGCUGAAAUCAAAGGACUUAUAUCUUUGUUUUUGAUCAACCAGAUUCGGGAAGCCAACCAAAUGGUGGAGGAGUUUAUGCUUGCUGCUAAUGUUUCGGUUGCAGAACAAAUUCUUAAAAGUUUUCCUCUAUGCUCAUUAUUAAGGCGCCAUCUAACACCAACUAGAGAGAUGCUUGAACCUUUGCUACGUACUGCUGCUGCAGUUGGCCUGCACUUGGAUGUCUCGUCCUCAAAAGCAUUGGCUGAUUCUCUUGACCAUGCUGUGGGUGAUGAUCCUUACUUCAACAAGUUAAUCCGCAUUCUAGCAACUAGAUGCAUGACUCAGAUGGUGUGGACAAGUUGUUAAUGUUGUUUGGAACCAUCGAAAGCAUUGGUGAUGGAUUGCAGAACCCUCUUAUGAUGUAUAUUCUUAGUGAUGUCAUCAAUGCUUAUGGAGAUAAGAAUUCCAAAUUGGGUAUGCAUGAUGUGAACAAGUAUGCAUUGAGGCUUUUAUUAGUUGCAAUUGGUGUUGGACUUUCAGCUUUUGUAGAAGGAAUGUGUUGGGCAAGAACUGCAGAGAGACAGGCUUCAAGAAUGAGAAUGGAAUAUUUGAAAUCAGUGCUGAGACAAGAAAUUGGAUUCUUUGAUAGCCAGACAGCUGGUACUUCAACAACUUACCAAGUUGUCUCACUCAUCUCCUCAGAUGCCAAUACCAUCCAAGUUGCCUUGUGUGAGAAGGAGAACAUACCUAUUGAGGAGGUUUUUGAGAACCUGAGAUGUAGUAGAGAAGGUCUCAGCAGCAAGGCUGCUGAGGAAAGACUCGCCAUUUUUGGCCACAACAAGCCUUAUUUUACAGAUAAUGCUGCUGCAGCUCUCAUGGCUCGUCUCGCUCCAAAAGCAAAGGUGUGUCUGGAUCAAUUAGCAGUCAAUAUUUGGAGUCCAUGUGGAGCACAGUGGUAACUGGGAUAGGUUCUUGGUCCACGGAGGUCAAAAGUACAAGUCUCCUGGGAAUGCUUUUGUUGAAGGCGAUGCUUCUAGUGCCAGCUACUUCCUCGCAGGUGCAGCUGUUACCGGUGGGACUAUCACAGUUGUAGGCUGCGGCACAAGUAGUUUACAG